AUGGACUCGGAAGAGGCGAGUGAGGGGCUGAGCCCGGGGACCCGGGGGUCGGGAGAGCUCUGUCGUGCUCUGGAGCAAGACCACGAGAAGAUUCAGGCGGCCAAGGAGCUUGUGGACCAACGGACACGGGAGCUGAGGGAAGAGGGAGAACUUCUUCAUAAAAAGCUCCAACAAAUGUGUUUGACCGUUGAGGAAGAGCAGUCCUGCCAGAUGGACUUUUUUUUAGCAAAGGAGGAGAAUUACAGACUGAGGCAGGAGAAGCAGCUGCUGAAAAGGAAACUGGAAGAAUUGAAGAAGAAGGUCAUCGGGGAGGAUCUGGUGACGAUGCUGCCGGCCUUGCCGGAGAAGAAAAUGGUGUUUAAGGGACUUGUGACAAACAAGGGGGACAUGAACAAGCUGGUUCUCACCCCGCUGAUCCGCUACCCUCUGCUGGGGGGCUCAGCUCUUGUCACCUUUGAGAAGGCAGAAGUGGCGCAGGGGAUCGUGGAGGCGAAGGAGCACACGGUGCAGCUGAGCUUUGGGGAAGAGCUGGAGGAGCUCGAGCGGUGCAGGGUGCGGGUGCAGGCGGCGCCGGUGGACCUUCUGCUGCCAUCUGACCUGGAGAUCAGCCUGACGCGGAGCAGCAGGACUAUCCUGGUGUCCAACCUGCCCCGCCUGGGCAUCUCCGACGAGGCGCUGCUGGACAAGCUGGAGCUCUUCUUCAGCAAGACCAAGAACGAGGGCGGCGAGGUGGAGAGCAGGGAGUUCCUGGACGACUCCAGCCAAGUGGUGCUGACCUUCGCACGGGAUGGGGUGGCAGAGCCGCUAAUUGCGAGGGGCCACAUCCAGGUGCCAAUUGGGAAAGGAAAAUACAACCUCAAAAUAUCACCGUGCCUGAGUGGAGAGGUCACUAACCUGCAGCUCCAGCCCCACCGCUGCCCCAGGACCGUCCUGCUCUCGGGGAUCCCGGACGUGCUGGGCACGGAGGCCAUGAGGGACGCCUUGGAGAUCCACUUCCAGAAGGCCAGCCGUGGUGGGGGCGAGGUGGACGCCCUCGCCUACGUCCCGGCGGGUCAGUGGGGGGUGGCCGUUUUCGAGGAGGAUGUGGGAUAGCUCCGGCCACCCCCCCAUCAGUCGGUGUGGCCACUGGCCAUGGUGGCAAUUAAAGCAUCUGCUGGGA